AUCUUCUUCUGAAACAUUUUAUAGCUGCCACUGCCAGGUCGAGAUGCAAGCCUCAGUCUGCAUACAAACUUCACCAUCCUCUCUUUCCAGUUUGAGACCUACCCACAACGCUCUUCUGGGUCACUCUCUGUCUUCAAGACCAUGCUUGUCUCUCAAAAAAAGAGCGUCUUUGACCACCAGAGCACUUCUAUCAACUACCAAGGAAUCAGUCUUGAAGGACUUUCAUGAACGCAGAGCUCUCAAGAUUAUUUCAGGUUUGCAGAAUUUUGACAAAGAAAAUGUUGCAUCAGUCAUCACUGCGGCAGAGCAGGGAGGAGCAACUCAUGUGGAUAUAGCUUGCGACCCAGAGUUGGUGAAGCUUGCCAUAGGUUUAACUUCUCUUCCAGUUUGCGUUUCAUCUGUCGAUCCAGCGGCAUUUCCAGCUGCUGUUGAAGCAGGAGCACUGAUGGUUGAGAUUGGAAACUAUGACUCAUUUUAUGAGAAGGGUGUGAUUUUCACUCCAGAGCAGAUAUUAAAUCUAACAAAGGAGACAAAGAGGAUUCUUCCAUCUGUGACCUUAUCAGUCACCGUACCUCAUACACUAAGCCUCCCAGAUCAGGUCAAGCUUGCAGAGAUGCUAGAGCAGGAAGGUGUAGACAUCAUUCAAACAGAGGGAGGAAAAUGUUCGAGUCCCUCAAAAUCAGGCGUUCUUGGGUUGGUCGAGAAGGCAACGCCAACAUUAGCAGCAGCAUAUUCGAUAUCACGGGCUGUCAAGAUCCCCGUCAUGAGUUCAUCGGGACUGAGUGCAGUUACAGCACCAAUGGCCAUAGCAGCAGGAGCCGCCGGAGUGGGUGUGGGCUCUGCAGUGAACAAGCUCAAUGAUGUGGUUGCAAUGAUUGCAGAAGUCAGGAGUAUCUCCAACUCAUUAGGAGCACCAGCUGAUAGGCGUGCUACUUCUGAAGGAAAAGUUUUGAAAAUGUAAUCCAUAAGUUUAUUUUCAUAGGAUAGGUGACCAAAAAAUAGCGAGGUCUUUAGUGCUGUAUACAGAGACAUUGUUGGGAUUGUUUCCAAAUAAAUAAGAGCAGUAGUUACCUUUCCUU